AUGGCUGCGAAGCCCCUGCAGUUCGCGACUUUUACGUCCGAGAUAGAGCUGCCGUUCUACUCGGCGCUCUUCGGCUCAAAGCUCGACCAUGACAAGCUCGACGACUCGGCGCGUAGCGUACUGGGACUCUACGAGCCGCGGCUGGAAGACCCCGAGUCUAGCUGUCGCAUGCAGAUCCUAGGAAAUGCUCUCACGAGCGGCAGAACUAAUGCGCCCAGUCCGCCUCUUGGGACGAUGAGGGCCGAGGGUAUUAUUAGGAACGUCAACACGCUCGAGGAUUUUAAGAACAUGGAUAAGUCUGCCAUGAUUAAGACCGCUGGUCGACAGGUCUGGGACGCGAUCAAAGAUGGUAGCAUCUACUCUGUUCCGUCACUCCUCUCGUCAUUUGUCAUCCUCUCCUACGCCGACCUCAAAAAGUACAAGUUCACAUACUGGUUCGCUUUCCCGGCCCUUCACUCCGAUCCUUCCUGGAAACGAUCCGGUCCGGCCGAGCACCUCAACGCCGAGGAGAGUACAGCUCUCGUGGAUAGAGUUGGGACAUGGAGGUACAGCGUGGAUGCUCGUGAGCAUGGUUUCUUCUUGGCCAAGAAAGUGCACGGAGCCCACCAACAGACUGAGGAUACCGACGCCUCUCACAAUCUUCCUUACAAGUGGGAAGUUGGCUCCCUUCGAGAUUUCGAGGACGGUUUCUUCAACCAGGUUCCCGAGGAGGACCAGUAUGUCGCCUUUGUCGACCCUUCAACAUACCCCGAGGGACCUGGGUGGCCCCUGCGGAAUUACCUGAUUCUCAUUCGGCAGAGGUUUCGUUUGACAAAGGUCAAGAUCCUCUGCUACCGAGAUACCUGGGCUAGGAGGCACGAGGCGCGAAGUGUGAUCCUUCCGAUUGAGAUGGACCCUGUCGAGAACCUGGAGAUCACCGAAAUGCCCAAGGUUACAGGCUGGGAGAGGUCACGAAACGGCAAACUCCAGGCUCAGCAGGUCAGCUUGAGCGAAUACAUGGAUCCCGCCCGGUUGGCCGAUAGCUCAGUUGAUCUGAACUUGAAGCUGAUGAAAUGGAGGAUUGCGCCAAAUCUGGACCUGGAAAAGAUCAAGAAUACAAAGUGCCUCCUCCUCGGCGCUGGCACUCUGGGGAGCUACGUUUCGAGAAACCUCAUGGGCUGGGGCGUCCGGAAGAUCACAUUUGUGGAUUAUGGAAGGGUCUCGUUUUCGAAUCCUGUGCGACAGCCACUCUUCGAGUUUACUGAUUGUCUCGAGGGUGGGAAGCCAAAGGCACCCCGGGCAGCUGAGGUACUCAAACAGAUCUACCCUGGUGUCGACAGUGAGGGACAUGCUUUGUCAGUUCCUAUGCUUGGACACCCAUUUACAGACGAGGCCAAGACGCGAGGAGACUAUGAGAAACUGGCAAAGCUCAUCGAUGAGCAUGAUGCUAUCUUCCUCCUCAUGGAUUCGAGAGAGUCUCGAUGGCUGCCAACUGUCAUGGGAAAGGCUGCGGGCAAGAUCGUCAUGAACGCAGCUCUGGGCUUUGACUCGUAUGUCGUGAUGCGACAUGGAAGCGAGACCAACGUUGAAGGUCAGGCACCACUUGGUUGCUAUUUCUGCAACGACGUUGUUGCUCCAGCAGAUUCACAGAAGGAUCAGACCCUUGAUCAGCAGUGCACCGUCACUAGGCCAGGCGUUGCAGCUAUUGCCUCUGCUCUUCUCGUCGAGUUGUUGACGAGCUUGCUUCAGCAUCCUCUGGGUAAAGAUGCACCAGCUCCGCAGCCAACACCAGGAGUGGUACCUGAGAGAGACCCCCCUGACCAUGCCUUGGGUCUGGUGCCGCACCAGGUCCGAGGAUAUGUGUCGACGUUCCAGAAUAUCGUCAUUCGGGGUCAGUCAUAUGACUGCUGCAGCGCAUGUAGUCCCAAGAUCCUUGAUGCUUUCCGCAAGGAUGGCUGGGGAUUUGUCAAGAAGGCGCUCCAGGAGAAGGACUAUGUUGCAGAGCUUUCAGGCCUGGCUGAGGUUCAGCGGAGAGCAGAGGAAAUGGCGGCUCAAGUUGACUGGGAGGAAGACGAUGACCUUGUAGAAGAAGAAGGAGAGGGAGAGUUGCUUUAG